UUCUUGAUGGGCUGAGGAGGGGUGACGGGAGGGACGGGGUGGCCCCAGGGAUGCAGCCAAGGCUCUCUCUGGGCCAGGCUGCUGUGGGGUCCCAGACGGGGGCCCCGACUCCCCCAGUCCAGCUGCCCCCCGCCCCCCACGGUGUCUGGGGCGUGGGCACUUUGCCCCAGGCCCACCUGCGCCCUCCAUCAGAGCACGCGGCCCGGCGUCCCAGAGACCGCCGUGGAGAGCAGGGCUCUGGGCGUCCUCAGCCAGGCCUCUGUCCCGUCUGCGCCCCACUUAGUGACCAGGCCUGGCUCUCACGUGGGUGCUGUUGGGGCACAGGACAGACGGGUGAGAGAAGAAACAUCCCAAACAGGAUCUCGACUGCUGACGGUCCUGCUGGGUCUCCCCCAGCGACUGGGGCCGUACCCCUUCCUUCAGCCUGGGAGCCGCCGUCUGGGGGUCCAGACCCUGAGGUCCUCUCUCCCCGAGGCCAGACGCAGUGUGCUGCUCAGGGCGGGCCCCGCCACGUGCCCGUGGAGCCUGGCCGUUCUGUCCACAGAACUCCAGAUGGCACCAUCCGCCCGGCAGACACCUUUCCCGGGCCUCUGACGGUCCCCUCACCAGCUGGCAAGGCCACGAGCUCCGACGGGCCUGACCCUUGGAUUAGGGAAACCGAAACACGAAGAGGGGUCAGAGCAGGCCGGCACCUCCUUCCAGACCCGAGGGCUCCAGGCAAGGGAGGAGCACCGAUGGUGGGGUCUGCUCGGUGUGCAGGACCGGGGUGAGCCCUGGGGAGACCCAGAGGAGGCUUCCGGUCAAGGACGUCGGGGGGCUCGCACGCCCCAGCCCCAGCUCCACCCAGCUCUCUGCCUGCUCUGGGGCCUCAGAAGCUUCCGGAAGGCUUCUGCUGGCACCUCAUUCAAUCCCUGCAAGUCGGAGAUAAGGCCACAGGGACCCACGACAGGAGAGGCAUGCCCACUGUCACACAGCAGGGGGAGGCAGGGACGCUCUCCCUCCUGCCUCGCGGAGGCUGGAGUUACUGGGGACACCCCUGCCCCCCGUUCCCGUCUGAAUUUGUUCCUCCCGUCUGAUGCUGUCUCCCAAGCUGCCCAGAUCCUCGGAUGGGCCAGGGUUUCGGGGAGCCACAUACAGCUGACCCUUGGCCAGCUCUGCCCAGCGGGGCCGCCUGAAGACUCACUUCUAGGGAGGGCCUCACGAGGCUCCCGGGGGCCGCCGUGGCCUCUUUCCUGUGGGUGCAACGAUGCUCAUCGUGGCCGGCCUGUGCCCCCCGGGGCCCUCGGGACCCCCGCCGCCCCUGCUGCCCAAGCCAGGCAAGGACAACCUUCGUCUGCAGAAACUUCUGAGGAAGGCUGCCCGGAAGAAGAUGACCGGGGGCGGGGCCCCCGUGCCACUGGGGGCUUUCCGCGCUUCCCUGUCCCCCGUGAGUGAGGCCAGCCACGACCAGGAGCCAACGGCCCCACGCCCCGCGGAGGGCCUGCGCUCCGUGCCCGCCCUGCCCCGCUCCCCCCACCCCUCCGUCACCCAGCACGUGGCAUCGCCUCCGCAGAAGUCCACAGCCCCCUUCAGCUUCACUCAGCACAGGAGCCUGGCUGCCCACUUCAAGGCCACGGGGCUCCGGCUCGCGACACCGGCCCUGCACCCCACCCGGUCCCCCGGCGGCUUCACGCAGGUCUCGGCCCCCACAGCAGGGGCCACCCACGUCGGCCAGGUACACAUCCGGCUAGUGCCGUCCCCACAGGCCAGGACCCCGGAGCCCUGCCAGACGGCCCCAGAUGGGGGGCCUGGUGGGCAGGACAAGGACACGGUCCCGUACCCUCCUGGGGCCCAGCCCCCGGCCCCCGCGGCCCACAUCCACCCUCUGCCCACCGAGGCCCAGACUGCCGGUCCUUGCCCUGAGGCCCCCCCUCCUCAGUGCCCUGGCCCUGAGGCCUUGGUGCCCAGAGAGGGUGGCACUCGGCUUGUGGUGCCCACAGUCCCCACCUACCGCUCACCGGGACCCUCGCCUCACAGGCCGGCCUCAGCUGAGCCCGUGGAGAAGCCCCCUGUGGCUGGCCCUGCCGCUGAGGCCGAGGCGGUCUCCAGUCCCCGGGGGGCCUCGUCCCCGGCCCCGCCCUCAGGCCCGCACCCAUACCCUGUCCCCAAAGUCGCACCGAGGCCCCGGCUCAGCGGCUGGACGCGCCUCAAGAAGCAGCUGAUGGAGGAGGCGGAAACAUCCCCGUGCCCGGGGCCAGCGCAGAGCCCAGAGGGCGGGGGGCAAGAGGUGACAGCCCCCGCCCUCCCAGCGUCCCGGCCCCCAGCCUCCCGGGCCUCCAGGAUGUGGGACGCGGUGCUGUAUCGCAUGUCAGUGGCCAAGUCCCAAGGCAGCCCGGCUGGGCCCAGGGAUGGGGCUUGUACCCUGGCCGGCCUGGGCCGCCUGCCCUUCCUGUGCAGGCCGCGAUUCAACGCCCGGAAGCUGCAGGAGGCAGCCGCCCGGCCGCCUCCUACAGUCCACUCCGUCGUGGACCUAAACCCCAAGCCCAAGAACUUCAACCGGACGGCAGCUGGCUGGAGGCUCCAGUGACCGGUCAGGGCGGCACCGGGGCCCAGGACCGUGGUGUGGACAGAAGAGGGACAGGGGGUCCAGCUGGGGAGCCACGGCCACUGCAGAGGGAGCCAGGGCCGGACGGACACCGGGCAGCCGGGAGGUGCGGGACGGACAGGCUGCAGCAGGAAGGACCGUGGCGGGGUGCGGCGGGGGCAGGUGGGGUCGGGGAGGAGGCCGGUCUCCGUGGCGUGGACCGGGGCAGAGAAGGGGUCUGCACUGGGUUAGAAUAUAUAUGGGGGCUGACGGGGUAAAACCACGCGCAAGAAGGAAGGAACACAGCUCAGUGAUGAGGCAGCGGGUAGAUGAGUCGGCCCCGCACAGCAGGGCCCGUGGCUCGGGACUCGGGGCAAGGAGGUGCAGGGGGGUGCCUGGGCUCCCGAGGGGCUGUGGGCCGGCAGGGCAGGGAGGAUGCUGGGGCGGGGUUCUGUGGUCCCCCCCGCCCCUCCGGGAAAGAUGGGGGACAGAUUUACGUUUGCUGUGCAGAGCGGGGCUGGCCAGGGCGACUCAGUUGUGCGUGGGCCCCAGAGACUGCAUCAGUGGUUUGACUGUCGUUCCUGACACAUGUGUGGGGGGUGGGGGGAGGCCAGACCCCAGGCUCAGCUCCUUUGGUUGCCCGCCUCUGAUUCCCUCGCCUGGGGGGCAAGGUGUGAGGGGGGCUCGCUGGCGGGAGAUGGGGGCGGGGCCCAGCUUCGAUGGCUGGGCAAGGACGGGUGUCCUUGGUCCCGGGGCAGGGGAGGCAGCAGAGGGGACCCCAGGCCUCAUGCGGCUUCGGGGCCCCCGCGUCUGCAGUCCCCACCGCCUCGAGACAGGGGCCGGGGCUCUGAUGGGGUCAGCAGUAAUGGCAGAGGGACACGGAAGUGCCUGGGUACAGGACUCAGGAGGGGAAGAGGCAGCCAGUAGGCGGCCAGCUGCAUCACGCAGGGCAUAAUGGGUGCUGUAAACGGAUCCUGGGACCCAGGCCACUAAUAAAGUGUGUCUAACCACG